AUGGCGGGUUUAUCGAUCCCUUCAAGGGACUCGGGGAAGGAUCAAAUGUUGGAACGUUACUUGAAUCUCAUGGCAGAACAGAGGCAGAGGCAAGAGGCAAUAGUAUCGACCGCACCUCAAAUCACACCCAAAGACACGCAAGAGAUUGAGGAUGUUGAGGAGAUCUCUCGAGCAGCUCAAAAAGUUUCCAAGAACAGUGGAGAACAUGAAAAGUGGAAAGCAACGACAACAGAAUCUCAAGAAAAUUACUGGAAUCUUUUGGAUUUGGCAGAAGAGGCGGGAACAACUACACUCUUUGUCAAAAGAAAUCAUGAAACUGAAAAGCUUCAAGCAAGUUUCUAUCAGCCUUCGUCAAGUCUAUUAGAUCUUCAAGAGGAGUCUGGCUUAAUAGAUUUAUCAUCACAUCAAAGACUCGGGGAACCCGAAGAAAGCCAAGCAGAUCAUGAAGAAACCAACUCGGUCCUAUUCGAUUUGGAAGAAACAGUAUCUGAUACCACAGCCCUGUCAUCACCCCAAAAAGCUCAAGAGACCGAUGGAAUUCAGGAAGCAGAGUACAAUCAAGAUACUGAAGGGACUGAAGAAUCCGAGGCAGAUCCUGAAGAUGAUGACGAGUGGUGGGGACUUUCCGAUCUAAAAGAAGAUUCUGCGCCUCCUCAAAAGCUACCGUACUUCUCAAAACUUCCCGGAAAAGUACGACGGCAAAUUUGGCACUUCGCCCGUCCUGAAGCACGUUAUAUAAAGAUUCGAGAGUCCAAAUGGAGUGCAGCACUUUAUUCGGAUGCGCCAAUUCCAGCUUUGCUUCACACUUGUCAAGAGUCAAGAAAAGUAGCUCUGAAAUGGUACGACUUGUCAUUUGCAAGGGAUCCUGAGAUGGGGUUUUGGGACCAGAAGACUUUGAACGAGCUUAUGGACAGUGCACUUACUGAAGGACAACGCGCCCAGCCAUGUAUCUACUUUGACUGGCAACGUGAUGGCAUAUAUUCUCAAUGUGCUCGUUGUAAUGGUCAUAGAAUGAGCUGUAGACACGCUCCUCUCUCUUUCGAUUGGCUCAGAGUUAAGCGGUUGGCAUACGAAGGUCCUCUUUCCAUCAAUCCUUUUUAUAAGCUUACAUUGUGUUAUCCUGCCGUCGAAAGUAUCAUGCUUAUUCGUGGUCGAAGCGCUGUUCGACGCACGGUGGUUUCACCUUCCGAGUUCAUACCAAUCAAUGAAAAGUUUGAAUGGGAAGGAGAUGACUUGCUUGCAACUUGUCUUGAAACCUUACAGAACACCGAUCCGGAGUGUGAUGCACUUGAAACCAUCACGACAGUCCGAAGAAUGACUUUAAUGGAUGUCAAUCAGACAGACGUGGUUGACCGAACGGAGAGUAGUUAUUGGCCUUGCCGUUAA